AACAUUUACUGAUGAUAUUAAACGCACUAGUUUUCAUUCAAAUACCAUCAACUGAAAGCGGAACAUUAUAACUCUGCACAUCCACCGUCGGAACUUAACAGUGUGACAUCCAGCGGAAGUAAACAAACACUACAGCUGUUAGCAGCGUUAGCUCUGUGCACGUGACGUUAUUGAAUGAAGUGAAGACGGUAUUGUAGCGGUGACACAGUUAAUUAUUUCAUUUGUAAUUAAGCAACAAUGUCUUCAGUUGAGUGUUUGAGAGAGUUUGUCAACGAGCGACUAAAUGCUGCUGCUGAAGAAAUAUUUGGAGUUUUUCAAAAAACUAUCGUCGAGUACGAAGAAGAGAUCUCUCGUCAGCGCAAACUGCUGGAUAUCGUUUGGAAACCUGAAAUAAAGUUACACAGGAUAGAUCUCCAACAGCAACAUGUCUGUAAGGAGGAAGAGGAGGAGGUUCUCACUGACCAGCAGCUCUGUAACCAGGAGAGGAGCUCCAGUCUGGACCAAGAGGACCCAGAGCCUCUACAGAUUAAAGAGGAACAGGAGGAGCUCUGCACCAGUCAGGAGGGAGAGGAGCUUCUGCUGAAGGUGGAGGUUAAUACCUUUGUGGUGACUCCUACUGAUGAGGAAAGGGACCACAGUAAACCAGAACCUGAAAGCGACCACCAGCUGCCGUUGAACAACUUUUAUGCAGCUGAGAGCCAAGAUCAGAAAGGAUACAAGCAUGAAGACUCUACUAGAGAUGUAGAGUCAGAACAAAACAAUCAACAAUAUGGAAACAAAAGUCACAGUAACAUCGUCUACAACCCUAACUUGUCAGGGGCUGACAGUAAUAUUCACAAACAGUCUUUUAAAUGUAACACUUGUGGAAAGGAUUUUAAGUAUAAGUCACGUUUUCUGAGACACAUGAGAAUACACACAGGUGAGAAGCCGUACCUUUGCAAAACCUGUGGGAAAACAUUCAGUGAAGUGUCAGCAUUGAAAAAGCAUCAGAGAAGACACACAGGUGAGAAGCCGUAUGUUUGCACAUGUGGGAAAGCUUUCAUCCAGGGAUAUUAUUUGAAAGUACACAGACGGAUCCACACAGGUGAGAGGCCGUACUUUUGCAAAACCUGUGGGAAAGGAUUCAUUACACAUGACAGACUGAAAAUGCAUGAGAGAAUCCACACAGGUGAGAAGCCGUAUGUUUGCACAACAUGUGGGAAAGCUUUCAGACAGAAGAGGACCUUGACAAUCCAUAUUAGACACAUCCACACAGGUGAGUAGCUGUACACCUGCAACAUGUGUGAGAAAACAUAUUGCCAAACAUCUGACUUGAAAAAGCACAUAAAAAUACAUACAGGUCAAUAGCUGUUAACUUGCAAAUCAUGCAGCUUUCACACAUAGUGGUUACUUUACAGUCCAUGGGAAGAGCCAACACUGGUGAGAGACCUUUGCAAUGUUUGGUAAAACGUAAAAGUCUCAGGCAAGAAGCUUUGUAUUUGCAAAACAUGUGGGAGACUAUUCAUUUCCAGUGGUUCAUGGUCACAACAGAAGAACUCACUGACUGACUGACUGUAUGACCGUAUGAGAAGUCCUAUUGUAUAUAAAUGUGUCUUAUUUUUGCUGUUUAUACUGGACACUACUUCACUG